GAGAGAGAGAGAGGGAGAGAGCACACCAUCAUCUAUUUGAACGAGCACGUAUACACGAGGGGAGUUUAUUAGCGAGGAAUUAAUACCAAAAAAGCGAAAUGAAUUCUCGCCUCUCCAGGUGGACUCCUGGUAGCGGUGUACACCUUAUCCUGUGGCUGUGCCAUCUUUCCCUCGCGGCGCAGGUGAUGGAAGAGCGGGGCUCCCAAGGCCACCUGGACCUGACGGAGCUGAUCGGGGUGCCCCUGCCCCCCUCCGUGUCGUUCGUGACGGGGUACGAGGGCUUCCCGGCCUACAGCUUCGGCCCGAACGCCAACGUCGGCCGGCUGACCCGGACCUUCGCGCCCGACCCCUUCUUCCGCGACUUCGCCGUCAUCGUGACCGCCCGGCCCACGGCCGCCGGGGGGGUCCUCUUCGCCGUCACGGACGCCUUCCAGAGGGUGGUGUACCUGGGCCUCGCCCUGUCCCCCGUGGAGGACGGCACCCAGAGGAUCCGGCUGCUCUACACCGAACCCGAGGGCCAGGAGGAGGAGGCCUCCUUCAAGGUGCCCAGUUUGGCGGACCGGUGGAGCCGCUUCACGCUGACGGUGCAGGAUGACGAGGUGCGGCUGUACAUGGACUGUGAGGAGUUCCACAGCGUCUCGGUCCGGAGGAGCUCCCGUCCGCUCAGCUUCGAGCCCGGGUCCGGCGUCUUCGUGGGCAACGCCGGGGCCACUGGCCUGGGGAAGUAUGAGGGCUCCAUUCAGCAGUUGGUGAUCAAGCCGGACCCCAGAGCAGCAGAGGAGCAGUGCGAGGAGGAUGACCCCUAUGCCUCUGGGGACGCCAGUGGGGAUGACGUCCCUGACGACAGGGAGACGCUGGACGAGGUGAAGAAGAGAGUGAUGGACAUCGUGUCAUCACGGCUGGAGGACGCACUGAGCGUGCCCGUGAGAGCCCCGCCCACAGAGCCCCCCUACAAGGAAGAACCUGACGAGUUCUCCGGUCACAUGACCCCCACCACAGCCCCGCCGCAAACAGGGUCCAAUCAGGGAUGGGAGCUGGUGCGGGGGGGAGGAGCUGAACGUGUGUUCUCCGGUUCGGGGCCGAAAGGAGAGCGGGGAGCUCCGGGCCCCCCAGGCCCCCCUGGCCCCUCAGGGGACGGAGGCCCCAGCGCAGGCCGACCCGGGCCCAUCGGCCCUCAGGGGCCCUCGGGGCCACCCGGGGCCCCAGGAACCGCAGGGAGGGACGGCCACCCUGGUGAAAAGGGAAGAGCUGGGGACAGUGGACAGAGAGGAAUGCCAGGAUUCCCAGGACUGGCGGGAGAAUCCGGAGUCAAAGGAGAAAAGGGUGACCGGGGUGUGGGGAUCCCCGGACCUCCUGGGCCCCCUGGACAGCCAGGCCCCUCCAGCCCAGCCAGGGUCCCGGGGGGAAGGGAUGCGUACGGCUCUGGGUUUGAGGACUUCGACAGUGACGCAGAACUGUCCAGAGGUCCCCCUGGACCUCCUGGCCCCCCAGGGCAGCCGGGCCCCCCGGGGCCCCGAGGACCCGCGAUCGUGCCCGCCCCAGGCCCCCCGGGACCCCCCGGUCCCCCGGGGCGAAACGGGGAGGAAGGCUUCAUUGGCAGACCCGGCAUCCCGGGCUCUCAUGGACGGAGGGGGGAUGAUGGACUAAAGGGAGCUAAAGGAGAUAUGGGUGAUUUAGGUAUGCGUGGGCCUGCUGGACCAAAGGGUGAUAUGGGUGCCCCAGGGACAGCAGGACCCCAAGGCCCCAUGGGGAAACCUGGACAGGGAGGGCUUCCGGGCCCCCAGGGGCCCCCAGGACCUCCAGGUCCCCCAGGGAAGGGUUUCCGCCUGGAUGUCGAGGACGUGGAAGGCUCCGGAAGACGGGCCCCGCCAGGGAGCCCGGGACCCACGGGGCCAGCGGGCCCUCCAGGCAUUCCUGGCCCGUCAGGUCCGAAGGGCGAUCCCGGGAGGGUCGGGGCUCCUGGUGUGUCUAUGAAGGGAGAGCGAGGUGACCUGGGGCCUCCAGGGCGGGAAGGAACGGCAGGACUUCCUGGACGGAUGGGAUUAAAGGGGGACAAAGGCAACGCGGGACCAAAGGGGGAGCGGGGUCUGAACGGAUUCAGCGUCACGGGGCCACACGGCCCCCCGGGGCCCCCGGGGCCUGGCAUCAACCUGCAGGACCUCUUCCUCAACGACACGGACGGGCUGUUCAACUUCACCAACCUCCGCGGCCCUCCGGGACCCAUUGGACCGGAUGGCUUGCCUGGCGUGGCAGGAUUCCCUGGGCCGAGGGGACCCAAGGGCAGUAUCGGGAUGCCUGGUGUCCUGGGGCCCCCGGGACGGAAGGGGGAGAAGGGCGAGUCGGGCGUGACCAUCGCCGCCGACGGCUCCUUGAUCUCAGGCCUGCGAGGACCACUGGGGCCCAGGGGACUCAGGGGUGACCGUGGGAUCCCCGGCCCAGCCGGACUCAUGGGACCAAUUGGACCACCCGGACCCAAAGGAGAAUACGGGUUUCCUGGUCGCCCAGGUCGUCCGGGAAUGAUCGGCAAGAAAGGAGACAAGGGCGACUCGGCCGGGGCCUUGGGCCCCCCCGGACCUCCAGGGCCCCCCGGGCCUCCCGGGCCCGCCAUCAACCUCAACGGGAAAGUAUUCCCGGUUCCUCCCAGACCGUACGGCAAAACUCCAGUCUACGCUAACAAAGGACCAACUAACGGAAACCAUAGAGGAUCUUUGGGAGCCAAGGGACCCAAAGGAGAAAAGGGAGAUACCGGGUUGCCAGGGAAACCAGGUGCAUCAGCUCCCGCGCUUCCUGGGGGGUUUGUGGGGGAUAAGGGGUAUCCAGGCUAUAAAGGUGAUAAGGGGGACAGAGGAGAGCUGGGUGCGCUGGGUCCACCUGGGCCCCCUGGAAGAUCAGGCCUGGUGGGGCCGAAGGGGGAGUCCAUCGUUGGCCCCGAGGGCCAUCCCGGCAUGCCCGGCCGCCCCGGACCCCCGGGGUACGGAAGGCCGGGGCCGCAGGGCCCCGCAGGACCUCCGGGGGCCCCGGGCCCACCCGCUCUCUUCGGCUCAGGUGUUGCCCUGCCAGGGCCACCCGGUCCUCCAGGACUUCCUGGGGCCCCUGGACAUGGAAACCCGGUGACCACGUUCCUGGGCGUGGACACGUUGCUACGGGAGACGUACCGCGCGGCGGAGGGCACCAUGGCCUACGUCUCAGACACGGCCCUGCUCUACAUACGUGUGCGGGACGGCUGGAGACAGGUCCAGCUGGGAGAGGUCAUCCCCAUCCCGGCAGACAGCCCUUCCUCCUCCUCCUCCUCUUCCUCACAGCCGCUGGGCAGGGUGACAGAGCGCGCCAGCCUCAGAACCCCCAUACAGGCUCUACAGAGUUUCCUGCCUGGUCACAGAAUCCUGCCGCAGACCGUUAACACAGAACCGGGGCUGCACCUGGCCGCCCUGAACGCCCCGUUCUCCGGCGGGAUGCGCGGGAUCCGGGGGGCCGACUUCCUGUGCUACCAGCAGGCGCGCGCCGUCGGCAUGGCGACCACGUACAGGGCCUUCCUGUCCUCGCACCUGCAGGACCUGGCCUCCAUCGUGAAGCAGAGCGACCGCUUCAGCCUGCCCGUCCGAAACCUGAGGGGCGAUGUGCUGUUCAGCAGCUGGAUGUCCAUCUUCGAGGGGAAUGGGGGCGUGUUUGACCCGGAGACCCCCAUCUACUCCUUCGACGGGCGGAACGUGAUGUCUGACCCAGCCUGGCCUCAGAAGCUGGUGUGGCACGGCUCCAGCUCGGUGGGGAUCCGUAUGACCUCCAGCUACUGCGAGGCGUGGCGGGCGGGGGACAUGGCCGUGUCGGGCCAGGCCUCGCAGCUCCAGAGCGGGAGGCUCCUGGGCCAGCAGCCCCGCAGCUGCGCCAACCGCUUCAUCGUGCUGUGCGUGGAGAACGGCUACGUGCCCGACCAGCGCCGGAGGAGCUAACGCGGCCCGGCGCCUCCCCUGGUCCCCCUGCCGCUCAAAGGCCGAAUGCUAACCUGUCCCUCACAUGCUAAAUGCUAACCAGCCGCUCAAAGGCUAAAUGCUAACCAGCCGCUCAAAUGCUAAAUGCUAACCAGCCGCUCAAAUGGUAACCUGUUCCUCAAAUGCUAACCUGCCACUCAAAUGCUAAAUGCUAACCUGUCCCUCAAAUGCUAAAUGCUAACCUGUCCCUCAAAUGCUAACCUGUCCCUCAAAUGCUAACUUGCCCCUCAAAUGCUAACCUGUCCCUCAAAUGCUAAAUGCUAACCUGCCCCUCAAGUGCUAACCUGUCCCUCAAAUGGUUACUGGCCCCUGAAAUGCUAACCUGUCCCUCAAAUGCUAAAUGCUAACCUGUACCUCAAAUGCUAACUUGCCCCUCAAGUGCUAACUUGCCCCUCAAAUGGUUACUGGCCCCUGAAAUGCUAACCUGUCCCUCAAAUGCUAACUUGCCCCUCAAGUGCUAAAUGCAAUCCUGCUCCUCAAAUGCAAACCUGUCCCUCACAUGCUAAAUGCUAAUCCACCCGUCAAAUGGUAACCUGCCCCUCAAAUGCUAACCGGCCCCUCAAAUGCUAACCGGCCCCUCAAAUGCUAACCGGCCCCUCAAAUGCCAAAUGCUAACCCGCCUCUCAAAUGCUAAAUGCUGACCCGCCAGCACACCACCCCAUAGCAGUCCCGCUCCCUACCCCCUCAAACACAUGGGCACACCCCCCAGUGUCUUUCUUUUUUCACGUCCGUUACAUUUCUAACUUUGAAAAAGGUGUAAAUAUAUGUAAAUUGCUUUGUUGCCCUCAUCGUCACCGUCCACUUGGCUGAAAGAGGUCAGCCAAAGAACCCGACGCCUCAGCCAAUGGGAGAUUCCGUUCUUCAAAUUAGAACUGGCUUCUGCCCAAUCGCGCGUCUACGCCAGUGCUCCUGUCUCCCAUCGCCCCCGAGAUGUUUCGGUUCGUCCCGCUCUGAGACCCGGAAGUGGAAACGGAGACGGGGUCCGUUUCGUUGCAAGCUGUGCCACCAACUGAUGAUUUACUGGUGUUUGCACGUCACCGGCGGACCAUCGAAGUGAAGAGUUGGAAGCAAAAUAUCACCAUGGAAAAGAAACAAAUGUGUAUUUCUUCCAGACAAACUUUCAUUGUUUCCCGAUGCGUUGAAAUCAUUUUCAUGCACUGUUAUGAUUUAGUACUUUCCAUUCCGUUCCCAUAAAAGGCUAUUGUCUGAAAACGUUUUUAGAUUUUUUUUUCAGCAACUAUUUUCCUAUUAUUUCAACUCCGUUAUUAUUUAUACAGAGCAAGCACAUAAAUAAUCUAAAUAAAUCUAGAGACACAUAGGUUAAAUAUGUAAUUAAAUUAAGAUUUAGAUACGGUUGUUCCAAGUGACUUUCAUCUGAAAUAAUAUUUUUGUACGAAAUCUCUUUUCGAUUGAUUUAAAUGAACAGAAUUUCAGGUUUUAAUAGUAGAUACCAUGUUUGUUCUGGACUGUAAAUGUGUGUUUUUUUAAGAAACUUGGAUGAAAGUAUAAGAUAAACAGUAAUUUCAUUUUAACAAAACAAAUGAUAUCAUUUUUCUUGGCCAUGAAAACAUGGUUUUUCUAUAAUAUAUAACAGACAGAGAAAAUAUGUGUGUUUACACAUUGACUGGUGCUCAUUGAAUAAAUGUUUUGUAAAUA